AUGAGAGAAGUAAAGGAUAAAGGUCGUUCUUUCGAGACUACUUCUGAUGAAAUAAAAAUGUUUAUUGGAGUGUCGAUAUUAAUGGCAAUUUACGGACUUCCAAGAAUUCGGCUGUUUUGGUCCAGAGAAAUGAGUGUUCCCAUGAUAUCUGAUAAUAUUACCAGAGACCGAUACUUUGGUUUGCGCUGUCGUCUGAAACUUGUAGAAGAUGACAAGAUAUCAAGGGAGCAAAGGAGUUUAGAUAGGUUUUGGAAAGUAAUGCUUUACAGAGUUUUGAAAGGAUGUCGACAAAAUAAACGUACUGAGGCGGCAUCAAUCGAAGAACAGAUGAUACCAUUCCAUGGUAAAGUAAUAAUGCGACAAUUUGUGCGUGGAAAACCUAAACCAGUAGGCAUUAAGAAUUUUGUAAGAACAACACCAACUGGAAUUCCUUUGGAUUUUUACUUGUACGAAGGAAAGGGCUCAUCACUAGAGUCAGCGUUCACUCCUGUACCAGAGAAGCUUGAUAUAGGUGACAGAAUGGUACUCAAACUAACUGACACUUUAUCAGCUGGUAUUUUAGUUUACACUGACAGAUAUUUUACAUCUAUUCCACUAAUAGAUGCAUUAUUGUCCAGAAAACUAACCCUAACAGUAACCAUGAUGCUAAAUAGGCUUCCAAAAAACGCAACAUUUUUAAAAAAUAACGAUUUAAAAAAAUCAGGUAGAGGUUCCCAUGACCAGUUGGUAAGACAGGAUUCCAACAUCAAUUUAGUAAAGUGGUUUGAUUCGAAACCUGUACACUUUGCUUCAUCAUCUACUGGCGUUGAGCCACUAGGAACAUGUUAA